AUAACUUAUUUAUUCCUGAUCCUUUCAGAAAAACUACCCCAGGAUCCAGCAGUUGUAAAUAAAGUUGGAGCCAUUACCAAUGAGUUUUGUGUGCCAAAAGUUGAGAUACUGGCUGGGAAAGAUGAUAUGGUCACAGAAGUGAAGCAAUUCGGAGCAACAUUCAAGCUUGAUUAUAGCUUGGUGUAUUGGAGUUCUAGAUUGGAACAUGAGCAUUUAAGGCUGGUGUCAAAAUUCCAGUCAGGGGAGACCGUAUGUGUUAUGUUUGCUGGCAUUGGUCCUUUUGCUAUUCCUGCAGCACAGAAAGGAUGUGCGGUAUACGCAAAUGAUUUGAACCCAGAUAGCAUUCGUUAUCUCAAAAUUAAUGUUGUAAUCAGCAAGGUUGAUCAUCUAAUUUUCCCAUACAAUAUGGAUGCAAGGAAAUUUAUUUCUCAACUCAUUGCUGUACCCUGCAAUGGAAGCAAUGCAGAAGUUGAGAUUGAUUGCUCCGAGAAAUUCAGUGGCCAAGCACAUAGGGAGAAACUAUCUGAAGACUAUGAGAUCAAAGAAGUACCUGGCAGAACGUCAUGCAACAUAGCAGGACUCGGGGACUCAUUUGUGAUGGAAGAUAUGAGUGUGACUUCUGUGAAAAGACGUGAGGAGAGUUCUCAAGAAGAGGAAGAAGGCAGAUCUGCAGUCAAUGAUGGUGUUUGUGUUGCUGGUAGGAAAAAAAGGGGUCCAAAUAAGAGAGUGAAGGGUUCAGAGUCAUUGAACACAAAGCCCUCGGAGCAUGUGGACGAUGUGAUCAUGAACCUACCAGCUUCUGCUCUGGAGUUUCUUGAUGCCUUUAGAGGCCUUAUUAGAUGGAGAUACUGGAAGGGAUCUCUAUCCUGGAUCCACUGCUAUUGCUUCAUGCAGGCAAGUGAAACAGAAGACCACAUAAUUUCGGAUUAUUUGAAACUUACUCAGAUAAUGUCAUCAAUAACAAGUGCAGGACAUGAAAUGAUUUGCAAUUUUAGUAGCAAAUCUGAAGUAGCAAAGUUCUGGGGGCAUGUCAAUGGGUUAGUGAAUUACAGGUGGCAGUCUGCCCUGGGAGCCAGAAUUCAAAACCCUGUAUUUUACAGGGUUAGAGAUGUUGCUCCAAAUAAGGCUAUGUUUUGUUUAAGCUUCAGAUUACCGGAAGAAACAUGCAUUGAUAAUAAGGAUAUACCGGAAGAAUUGUUUUUGAAGGAGGUCAUAUUGUAGAUCCAGAUCAGGUAGGACUUGCCAACUCAGUCCUGCCAGCAUUACCUGCAGAUUCUGAAAGGUUCACAUCCCUUCAUUUAACUACCAGUCCAUCAGAUGCUGUUGGCCCUCCACCCUCGUCAAGUGGAAUAGUAGAUGCAC